AAGACAGGCAUUUUUAAGCAAUAAAUCGUCUGCUGAUCCAGAGUGGUACGUUCAAAGCAAACGUUUGACAAGAUUAGCAACCUUUCAAUAUGUUAAGAGCUUAGGAGCAAAGUUGGUUGGAGUAUGGAGACACAUUUCUAUAUUCGACGAGAAAAAAGAGAAAUAAAGCAACCAAAACAAUAACAAGAUCAGAGGAUGCUCAUGGACAAGAAUAUGACGACGUGCCAUAAUACAACUACUCUUUGGUUGUCCACAAACUAACUCUCUACUGAAUGGUUCAUUUAGUCUCCUGGGGAUGGCUGCCAACACCAGCAUCUUCACCGAUAAGCAGACCAAUAACUGGUUCAAAGCUUGCAUUGCCCUCAAUUUGACAAAGGAUGGAUUGACUGACUUUGUUGUGACGGAAUUACUAAACGUCCAAACAAUAGUUGGUAGAAGUUGUGGGCAAUGCUUUAUUCAAAACCUUAUACCGUGCCCAACUCGGGACGUGUGUAAACAGAGGAAACGAACUAACUGUUCUUUCCACAAUUCACUACAAUACAAGUCAUGCCAAACAUGUGAUAAAGUGAAACAAAAUAUCACAUCGUUACACAGAUUUAAUGGGCCUUCUUGGGCAAACACUAAAGCUGAAAGAUGGGCAACGGAUCCGUGGGAAAUUGGCAAAUGCUACCUCCCACGGGAUGGAUAUAUCAGCGUAUCUUCUGUGCAGGCAUCUGACUUUAAUGGUGUGAUAAGCAUCAUGUUGAACUGCACGCAUUUCCAGAAUUGCGUCUCCCCCGCAUGUCUAUCACCGCCUCCUCCUGAUAAGCAAUGUCCGCUAGAAAAGGUCCGUCAAAUAGGCCGAGAUGUACGCCACACUGCCAACUGCAAGGUUACAGAUGCUGAUCUGCAGUACUGCUUCCUGACACUGUCCACCCUAUUGGCUGAUCCGGUCUGCUUAGUGCAUGAUCCCUCAGCAACAGAAGCGCACAGGAAACUCAGUGAAUUGCAGAAUGAUCGUCUUUCACUGGACGAUUUUUGCAAGCUGUUGAUAGAAGCCAAUCAGACCCUCACACAGGCAAAAGAGACUGGAGAACGUUUUUCUAAAGAGGCUGAAAGGACUCUGAAAGAAGGUCUUAAUGAUUUAGAGGCUAAAAUAAAGACUGGAGAACAAAGCAUUGAAAACAAAUCACAGGCUGGAGAACAGCGCAUUGAAAAAAAGACACAGGCUGGAGAACAAAGCAUUGAAAACAAGACACAAGAAAGCAUCAACCGCAUACAUCAAGCAGCGAAUGAAAAAGAUCGAGACGAAUAUGAUCGAGGCGAAGCAGUUUUCAUGAAACUUAAAAAGAAAAUUUGACCAAAUGAUAUCCCGGCCGUGUUCGAAAGUGGAUCACAUGGGUCAAAAAAACUUCGCAGGCGAUUGGUGGACCAUUACCGUGAUACCGUUAGCUGCGUGCCUCUGUCUACUUUGAUUCCCAGUCUCGAUAAGCGCCUACAGGACAUCUAUGCCACUCAAAAAAUAAUCAGGAU